AUGGGACAAACCCUCAGCCUGUUUUCUCAACUGUUCCCGCCUGCUUCACAUUUCUCUGUUCACGACAUUCCAGACCUUACAGGCCGUAUUGCGCUUGUAACAGGCGGAAAUGCUGGAAUCGGAAAAGAAACAGUACGCGCUUUGUUAGAGCACAACGCCACAGUAUAUCUCGCCGCGCGGUCGAGGAGCAGGGCCGAAGAAACAAUUUUGGAACUUAAGCAGAGCAUAGGGAAGGAGGCGCAGUUUUUGUUGUGUGAUUUGGCGAGCAUGGAGAGUGUGAGGGGCGCCGCACAGGAAUUUAUGAGCAAAGAGACAGAGCUGCAUAUGCUGUUCAAUAACGGCGGGGUGUUGUCUCCUCCAAUAGAUCAACUCACCGUAGAAGGUAUCGAUCUCCAAUGGGGAGUCAAUGUUGUAGGACAUGCCCUUCUUACUUUCCUCCUCCUCCCUGCCCUUCUUUCCGGAGCAAAGUCGUCUCCAGAUGGCAAGGCCAGAGUGGUGAACACAUCAUCGAUUGCAUCUUAUGGUGAUAUCAUACAUUGGGACUCUUUUCUACCUGGAGAGGCGAGAGACAAAAUGGGCUCAAGGCGUCUGUAUAUGCAGAGCAAACAUGGUAAUAUUGUAUUCGCCCGUGAAUUAGGUCGGCGUUAUGGAGAUAGCAUCAUUUCGACCGCAGUCAAUCCAGGAAAUAUCCGCACUACUCUAUACCGCCAUUACCCUUCCCUGCUCGAGCGUUUGGCUCUUUCAACAAUGUACCCUCCUCCAACAGGUGCACUGACGCAGCUUUGGGCCGGCACUUCGCAUGAAACUAUAGAUUUCAACGGAAAGUUCCUGAUCCCUUUCGCCCGUGUAGGUGAAUGUCGUGCGGAGGCAAACGACCCCGAAGUUGGUAGUCGCUUAUGGGCAUAUCUUGAAGAAGUGACUACCAAGCCUUGA